UGUAGUCGAAUUAGAUGUCCCGCCGUAACAGUACCCGACUAACUUAGUUCGAAUUGGAGUUUAGAUUAAAUAAUCUUCAAUCUACCGGGAAAUUUUCGGUGAAAGUUCAUUAAUGCUUAGGUCGAUUAACUAUUUGCAUUGGACUUAAGAUUUGAUAUCAGCGAAAAAGUUAAACAUUUUCUAAUGCAUGUGUGCAGUUUAUUGUUUGAGCAAAAUUUGUGAUAUCCCCUUUUUUCCAUCAGUACCACCGUACAAGUUCACAAAGUGUUUGCACAUUAUCUAAGAAACAUUUGACAAAAAUGUUGGCCUUUCAAAAAUGUAAUUUUCUGUUUUAAGUUUUGUGUAAAUUUUUGUGCUUAAAACAUUGCAACAAUGAAGAGUCACCAUUCGUUGACCAAAUCGAAUUAUUGUAAUAUCUUCGAAGAAACCGAACGAGUGAGCUGUGAACUGAUACAAGAAUGUAAAGUUUGUCUUGAAACCACCAAAUUGUCCGAAGCAUUGAGAAAUAAAUUGAAAAAUUAUCCUCGUGAGACUCGUCGUGAAAUUGUCAAAAUUCAACGUGAUGGCUGUGCCCCACUGUUCAUCGCCUGUAAACGGGGCAACGUCGAAAUUGCCGAAUUUCUCGUAACAAUUUGUGAUGCCGAUCUGGAACAGAAAGGAAUGUUUGAGGUGCCCGAUGAUCGAUCAGUUCAUUCGGUCACUCCGCUGUGGUGUGCUGCAGUGUCCGGCAAACUACCAGUCGUAAAAUGUUUAAUUCGUCUCGGAUCGUCGAUAAAUGCUCAAUCAGAUACUGGAUCAACGCCCGUCCGCAGUGCAUGUUUCAUGACAAAUAUGGAAAUUGUGAAAUAUUUGGUGGAACAUGGGGCUGACAUCAAGAAGACAAAUUACAAUGGUGGUACAUGCUUGAUCAAUUCCGUUCAGUCCGUGCAGCUGUGCAGUUAUUUAAUAAGUAAAGAUGUGGACGUCAAUGCUAAGGAUAUUCAGGAGAAGACUGCGCUUCAUUAUGCGAUCCAAGAACACAGACUGGAAACAACGAAACUUUUAUUGGACAAAGGUGCUGAUCCGUUCUCUAAAAGUCAAAAUGGUGAUGAUGCUUUGACCACAGCGUGUUUGAAUGGAUCCCAGCCGAUAUUUGAUCUCUUGAAAAGUCGUAUAAAGUACUCGGCCGAACGGAUAGCAGAUGCUCACGAACUGAUCGGAUCAACAUUUCUGGACGAACAUAAUGAGACUCGAGUGGCAGUUUUGCAUUGGAGAUUGGCUCAUCAUACCCGGCUGGUCGAUUCGAUAAAAAAACGCCCAGUGAUAGAACCCCGUCCUGCCUAUCAUAACGCUGUCGAAUUUUCUACUGUGGCCGAACUUGACAACAUUGCUGUCGAUGUGGAUGCUAUGCGUAUACAAAGCUUGUUGAUCUGCGAGCGAAUUUUGGGAAUCAGUCACAAAGACACACUCUUCCGACUUAUGUUCCGGGGAGCAGCAUAUGCUGAUUCGUUACGCUAUCAACGAUGCAUCGACCUGUGGCGCUUAACCCUACAAGUUCGGGUUGCACGUCAUUCAAUCGUAUACUCAGACACGUGUUUCACUUCGCAGGCGUUGGUGAGACUAAUGCUUGAUCUACAAGACGGCUUUAUCGACGUGCAGGCGCACGAAUUCGACGAUCAAGGAGUUCCACGAUUCGAGGAUGUUCACGAUGUCUUUCUGUUGCUGACUGAGAAUAUAUUGGAGGCACGACAAUUGCUGCAAAUCCGACCUGUACAUAAAAAGCAGCAGGAGAACUUCGACAGAGUUCUGAAAUGUGUCACACAUCUGAUAUACUUGAUGGUCAAAUGUGCUAAGGAGGAACAUGAAAAGCGAAAGGUAUUCAAUUCUGUCCAAACUCUAGUCUUAGGCAAUAUACGAAGUGCUAUCACCAAUGACACUCUGCUGCAUUUAUCGGUUUCGCGACUGAAUGUUAUUAAGAGCAGCUAUUUCCAGUAUGAAAACAAUAUACGGGUUGUGUUUCCAAAUAUCGAAGUUGCAAAACUUCUAAUUGACUGUGGCGCCGACGUGAACGCUCAAAACGAGUCUCGAUCAACUCCACUUCAUGUCGCGUCAAUAGCAUACAACUACGACGGCACGCUAAUACAAAUGCUCCUCGAUGCUGGCGCCCACUUAGAUCAGCCAAAUAAAUACGACGACCGGGCCGUGCAGUUCAUCACAAUGAAUGCCACAAACAUAAUUCCGCUGAUCAACUAUACGACGUUGAAAUGUCAAGCGGCCACAGUCAUCACCAAAUACAAGAUACCUUAUCGCAAUCAAAUUCCGAAGACACUCGAGGAUUUCGUCAAACUUCAUCAGGCUUAAAGUGGGUGGACUGAAAGCUCUGGAGGUUUGAUUGAGAACAUUUGAUUCGACGAAAUUUAUUGCAAUUUAUCAUUAUUACAACGUGCUAUUGUCGUCGGAACCUAUUUUGUUUAGAGGGCUGAGUUUCCCAAUAAUAUCCGGAAUUUUGAACAAAUUGCUGGCUGAUUAAUUUCACUCCCCUCGUAAAAAUAGGAUCUGAAUUGAAGCAAUGUACUCAAGACGAUUCGUGAUUUAAAACUAAGACAAAGCUUUUACUACUCAAUUAAUAAUAGUGAUUUGUGUGGCAAUAUCUCCCAUUGUGGUCCGAUAAUUAUUAUUUUUUUCUUCGUUUUUUUGAUAUAGAAAACAGGUUUUUGUUUUGAACUUAGUUUUAAUAGAGAACCACUAUUAUUUACGUCUCCUACCUCUUAUAUACAAUAACCAGAAUUGUCAAUAAAUUCAUGCAAAUUCAGUAAUUGGAUCGGGAAAAAAAUCGUUUAAUGCAAAUCGACCGAGUUAAUCGUUUUUCGUUUACGUUUGUAAAUAUCGUCGGAGUUUUUAGUCUUGCGAAAUUUCGAAGAUAAUUCUACCUAUGCGCUCGCAUUGAAAUGACAAAAUAGGUCUAGUAUACAGGCAGAGUGAAGGACGCCCAGUCUAUACACAAAGUUCAAAAUAAGUCAAUGUCAAACCGCAUCUCAAACUAAGUUGUCACGAUUUUGAUUUCUCAUCAUUUCACAUAUGACGUACGCGUUGUUAUACAGUUAUAUUCAAUGAAAUUUGUACUGAAAUUUGCUUCAGCUGUCUCACCAUCUGGUGCACUCAUAACAUUCAAGUGUUUAUGUCCGUCGUUAGUGCGUGUAAUUCGAGAAUCGUCAAUUUACAAUCUUUUAAUUAUUUUGCACUUGAUUUUUGAUAUAAUAAGAGUCUGUCUUGUGCGACACAUGGAUAAAAAUCACAUAAUUUUGAUUCCGUGGAACGUAAAUAUUGUGGAGCAUCUAAAUGAAUAUGGCCUAAGGCUUGCUAUCGGUUUCCCUUUUGUUAGUGAGAACAAUUAUUUCACAUAACGAAUACGCUCUAGUUACAGUUGUUGAAUGAAUGUAGUUACAGAUUUCGUAUUGGACAUCACAAAAAAUACUUUGAACGACUGAAGUAAUAGACUUUUGAUAGAAGCAAAUUGCUUAAAAGUUUAUCAUUUUGUGCACUGACAAAAAAGAGUUGAAAAUCUUACCUGUUGCAGGUAACGUUGACUCCAGGUAACCUACAAUAGCUGCCACCGCUUAGCUUCCCAAAUGAAACAUUCGGCUCUACCAGGUAAAACAGAUUACCUGGAGAUAAAGUUACCUGCAACAGGUAAGAUUUUCAACUCUUUUUUAUCAGUGUGAAAGAAAUAUUAAUUCACUCACAGCAGGAAAAUGAGUCAUUACUUCACUCGGCUUAAGCUGUUUCCCUCACACUUAAAAAAAGGUUACAAACAAGGACAUAAUCAACCAUUACUAUAAUUCAUUCCAUCACACUAAUAGACUCCCAUUACAUUUGCACCAAGAAAAUCUCAUCUACUGCAGCAAAAUUACUUCAAAACUUCCAAACUUGAUCCUUCGUAAACCUCAACUACCUAUUUAUUUGGCUACAAUUUACUGUUCCUAUUAUAACUUUAAUUCCAGACUGACCUUUCUGUCUUGCUUUCCAACAUUAUUCUUUCAGAAACGGCAAGCGUAUCGAUCGCAACAAAAUGAUGAAAUGUAUUACUUCUUUUGUCUAACCACACGUUCUGCUAUACGUAAGAGAACAAUUAAGUUUUAAUCGCGGUUUUUCUGAGUUUUUCAAUUUUGUUCAAAUUGUAGCCAAUAUGGCCAAUGUGUAGUACUAAAGUGAAUUUGCAUAGUUUAUCGAGCACAUCAAUAAAAUAUUAAUCUCUAUGUUUCGAAUCGUAAUAGACGAUUAUGUGAUUAUUAGACUUAAAAACCAAUUAAUAAUAAAUAAAGAAAAAACAAAGAGAGAGAGAAAUGUUAUAAAAUAAAUUAUUCAAUUAAACAAUCAUUAAUUGUAGAACCGAGUACAUUAAAGACAAAUAAAAGAAAAACAAUAUUAUAAAGACGUC